AUGAUUAUUGUAUUGACAAAACAAGAACGAGAACUUUUUGAUUUAAUAUCCAAAGUGGCAAAAACAAUAGUUAUUGAUGGAGAAACUGUGACUCCAAGAGUAGCUGGUGGUUGGGUUAGAGAUAAAAUACUUAAAAUAAACUCAUCUGAUAUUGAUAUUACUUUAGACAAGAUUUCUGGAUAUGAAUUUGCUACAAAGCUAGUUAAUGAAUUUAAAGAUAAAAAAAAACACUUACCGAAAGUAAAUAUCAUUCAAGCAAAUCCUGAAAAAUCAAAACAUUUAGAAACAGCCAUUGUUAGAAUAUACGAUAUCUGUGUAGACUUUGCUAAUUUGCGAUCAGAGCAAUACAACAACUCCAGAAUUCCUAUUAUUUCAAAUGGAACACCUACAGAAGAUGCAGAGAGGAGAGAUUUAACUAUUAAUUCACUUUUUUAUAACAUAAUUACAAAUGAGAUAGAAGACUUUACAGGAAGAGGAAAAACUGAUCUUAAAAAAGGAAUACUUGAUACUCCAGUUGACCCACUUAUAACAUUUAAUGAUGAUCCAUUAAGAAUCCUUAGAAUUAUCAGAUUCUAUGCUAAAUUUAAAUACACAAUAACAGAUCGAAUAGUUGAGGCAAUAAAGAUUUCUUCAAUUAGAGAUGCUUUUGCUAAAAAAAUUUCUUGUGAAAGAGUUUACCAAGAACUUAAUAAAAUGCUAUCUUAUGAAAAUGGUCUAUUAGGGAUUGAAAAGAUAAUUGAAUUGGAAUUUUAUGAGCCUAUUUUGAAAAUAGACUGCUCAAAAUUUGAUUUUGAUUUUGUAAAGGUUCAAUGUUUUGACAUGAUAACAGAAAUUGAUUUAAAAACAGAUAAACGAUUAUUAGGUUUUUCCCUUCUGGUUUAUCCUUUAAUUGUAACUAAAAUUGUUGAUGAAAAUUUAAAUCCUGAUAGUGUGUUAAAGAAUGCACUGAAAUGUGAUAAAAGUUUAUUCAAAAGUAUAAAAAUAAUACGUGAGAAUAUUUUAUUUUUAUAUGAAAAAUUAAAGAAUAAACAAAAAUUAGAUUACAGUGAUAUAAUUGAUAUAAUUUUAACAUGCAAGGAACAUAUAAAAGAAAGUAUGCUUUUUUCAUACAUUAAAACUAAGGAUGUUAGAAUUUCAAACAUAAUUGAAUUAAUUAAACAUGAAAAUUUAUUAGAAAUACUUAAAAUAAAGCCUUUAUUGAAUGGAAAAGAUUUUAAGAAACGUGUUGAGAAAGAUAAAAUUGGUGAAUAUUUAAAAAAAUCAAUAAGAAUACAAAUUUUAUAUGAAAUCACAGAUAAGAAGGAAUUGCUCUCAAAAGUUUUACAUGAUCAUCAAGAGAAUUGUGUUUUAUAA